AGGGAGAAGGCAGGUAGAAAUCCUUCUGGUCAUAUGCAUUCCCUAUCGAGCGAGCUUCCAGAGGCUGGUGGCACCAUUGGCUGGAAGAGUGUUCUGGGAUCUUUGUCUUCCUCAGGCUCCUGAGCAUCAUGCCUUAUUUCAAACAGCCUAAGCACCUCCAGAGUCUGAUGCUUCUGCAAUGGCCCUUGAGCUACCUUGCCAUGUUUUGGAUCUUGCAGCCAUUUUUCAUUUACCUGCUAUUUACAUCCUUGUGGCCACUACCAGUGCUUUACUUUGUCUGGUUUUUCCUGGACUGGAAGACCCCAGAGCAAGGUGGAAGGCGUUCAGCUUGGGUAAGGAACUGGUGUGCUUGGACCCAUAUCAAGGACUAUUUCCCCAUUACGAUCCAGAAGACAAAAGAUCUGUCACCUGAGCACAACUACCUCAUGGGAGUUCACCCCCAUGGCCUUUUGACCUUUGGAGCCUUCUGCAAUUUCUGCACUGAGGCCACAGGCUUCUCGAAGAUCUUCCCAGGCAUCACUCCCCACUUAGCCACACUGUCUUGGUUCUUCAAGAUCCCAUUUGUUAGGGAGUACCUCAUGGCCAAAGGUGUAUGCUCUGUGAGUCAGCCAGCCAUUGACUACCUGCUAAGCCAUGGCACUGGCAACCUCGUGGGCAUCGUAGUAGGAGGGGUGGGAGAGGCCCUACAAAGUGUGCCCAACACCACCACCCUCAUCCUCCGGAAGCGCAAGGGAUUUGUGCGCACAGCCCUCCAACAUGGGGCUCAUCUGGUCCCCACAUUCACUUUUGGAGAAACUGAGGUAUAUGAUCAGGUGCUAUUCCAUAAGGACAGCUGGAUGCACAAGUUCCAGAGCUGCUUCCGCAGUAUCUUUGGUUUCUAUUUUUGUGUCUUCUAUGGACGAGGUUUCUGCCAAGGCUCCACCGGGCUCCUGCCAUACUCGCUGCCUAUCGUCACUGUGGUUGGGGAGCCUCUGCCACUGCCCAAAAUAGAAAAACCAAGCCAGGAAAUGGUGGAAAAAUACCACACACUCUAUAUGGAUGCCCUGUGCAAACUGUUUGACCAGCAUAAGACCCAGUAUGGCUGUUCAGAGAACCAAAAGCUGCUUUUCCUGUGACUGAAUGGACUGCAUGGUCAAGAGCAUGUGCCUUGGAGAAGAGACUCAUUUGCUACUAACCAAAAGGGGGAGAAAAGGAGAUAAGGGAAGGCAAUGUGUGGUAGGGGAGGACAUUAGGUAUUCCUUCCUUGCCCCAAAGCCCUCAUAGUUGCUGUCUUGAGGAGCUUCACUUAGUAUUUCUGCAAAAGGAGGCAUCCUGAGGCCCCUCAGGUCCAGCCACAGGCACAGGCAAUCUUCUUACUUCUCCCCGUACUGGCUUUCCUCCCUGAGCCCAACCCCCCAGGUCCUGAAGGACUGAAAUGAAAGCCAAACAACCUGAGUAGCCACCUCUCUUGUUGUUGUUAUUUUGUCAUAAUGCAUUUUCUCAUUGGGAAUUUUUGCAUACCAUAAAUUUAACCU